AUGGAAUCAGGAGAACCUAAUGACGCGGGAGAAUUCUACGACGACCCCCUUGAUGAUACUGGGAUCGACCUGUUCGAGAUCCCCGAAGAUUUUGAUAAGGCAGAAGGAACAAUCUUGCGGCGAGAGCGGAUUGAAACCCGCUGGAAAUGGUCUGUUAUUCUAGUUGGUGUCUUAAACUCCGGCGAGGAAAAGAGGGCUGGCAUUAACAAAUCCAGCUCGUUAGAGAUGGAUUGGAAGAACCUUCGAGGAUAUUACCAGAAGACAACCAAGAUCAAAAUUAAUGAUGAGAAUGGUUCAGAAUGCGGAGGGGCAUCAAAUAUCUAG